GUGUGAAAGUGUUUGUAUUGUCCUGUGAUGACAGAUCAAACACAAAUAGACAAAAGACGCCAGUGGUGUUUUGUCGGAUAUGUUGGGAAGGACUGUUGUGUUGGGCCGCAUGGCUUUGUCUAAAGCAAUUUUAGCUCUGCUCUUAGCUUCUUUACCUGGAGCUUAAUAGCCUGGGGGAAAUCAUUGUGUGAAUUCAAAAUUACCCGGGCUCCCGACCUCAAUGAUCUCUCAACGAAAUCCAAGAAGCGUACGAGAUUUGAAUCCAAAAACAUGGCUUUCCAUGCCUCAAGGAUAAUAUGACCACAAGUUGAUGUGAAUAUACGUACGAAAGAAGAAAAAAUACUCUCUAAAUGGAUCGGUUUGAUGCAAAUACGCUUCGCGAUGGAGGAAACAAACCGUACUUUGAGAGAAGGUCCAUAACCCAUACAACCAUGGCAACCAGUGAUAAACGCAGGGAAAAGAGCACGGAUAGCAUAGUGGAUGAUUCGGAUAUGAUAGACAUCUCAUUUUAUGACUUGCCUCAAAUACAGAAGAAGCCAGUUGGAAGCAACUCUUACAUCAUGGUACCUGAUACCAUCCUAGCUGAUGCUUACAUCUCAACCUACAGAAACGAAAAUGGUGAUACAAGCAGGAUAUUUAAUGGUAACGGGACACAUAACAGCUCAGCCUCCUCAUUCAUUGGGAAGUACAACUCAAAGGCACACCAAGAUAGAAGUCACCAGCAAGCAAAUGGCUCUGUGUUAAGGGAAGGCACUAAGAGUGAUGGCCAUACCUCGCUUAGCACUGAUAUAUCAUAUAACAGUUUGUACAGUAAUGGUUUGAGAAGGCCCUUUAUAAUAAACAAUGAGGAGACGUUGAUGCAUUAUGCAACUGAGACCGAGUCCACAUGCUCGUCAGGAAUUGCUGCUGAUAUUGAAACCAGCCCUAAAAAUGAUUCUAAAUCACACUCCAAAUUGACCAAUGGAUCAAAAUACAUCAAUAAUCGUUCUUUUGCAAGUUUGAGCAGUAAAACACCAAUGAAAGCUAAACAUGUACAGAGCAAUGUCCCCUUGCUAGAUGAAAGAAGUCUAAUGAUGGGUAACAAUAGUAUUGGGAGUCAUGGCAAGCAGCAGUUCUCUACUCCAAGGUACACUACGCCUCCGACCCACAACACUAGUAUAUACUACAAUUAUUCUGAUACUAACUAUGGACAUCACCUGAGGGAUGCACAGCUCAUGUCAGUGCGUAAUGAAGCUCAGGUCGUCUUUGGAAACUUAUCCAAUAAUGCAGUGAAACCCAAGCAGAUAAACAAGCAAAGAAAUCAUGAAAAGCCACAUCAAGGGGUAGUGAGGAAUGGCAAGGGACAUCCCCUGUACAGGGACCUCAGCUUGAUGAACUCAUUCUCGGUGGACUCGUCCCGCCGUAUCUCGUCUGCAGUGUGGGCCAUGAAGCUCUUAGACGUGGACAACACCCCCAGUUCGCCCUCUUUCCAGCAGAUGCUACUCAAAGCACGCAUAUUCCGGCGUUGGCACCAGCGGGUCCGUCUACGCAGGCUUAUACGCAUGGAGAUUGACAGCAAAAUGAAUAGCGCUGUAACUUUCUGGCAGUACAGUACUCUAAGAUCACACUUCAAGGCAUGGCGAAGCUACCGUCAGCACCAGCAGUACGCCGCUGACCAGUUACAUCGCCGUCAUAUGCUGCAGACGGGCAUGCGCGGACUCCGUUUUGUGGUUCAGUUCAACACGCAACUCAGACAGGAUGCGUUCAUCCGACUCAAUGGCCGACUGAUGGCCAAGUAUUGGCUCAAGUGGCAGAACCAUUUGAAGCAAAGGAAGGCAGAGGCGCUUAAGACUGCAUUCAACCGAUGGAGGGUGUUCAAGCUAGAAGAAAACCGGGACAAGAUCUUGGAAGGCAUGGUAACGAGACACAUCUUGUCCAAGAACUACAGUAAAUGGAAGCAGCGAUACCACGUGGAGCAGAGUACUUCGGUAGCGGGUCUGCACUUCAAGAUCACCUUGUUGACAAAGUGUUGGCAUGGGUGGAGGGUGUAUGCUGCACAGGGCGUGGUCAAGUCGCGUCUGAAUGAGGUGGCUAGGGUGCACUUCGAGGAUAACGUCCAAGAGAGGCUCUUCCGACGCUGGGUGAAACAGACCAAAAAGUCUACGGCAGCUACCACGCUACUCAAGAGAAAGAUCGUUCUCAAGGCGUUUUAUUCCUGGCGAAACUGGACUGAGUAUGCCAAGGUUCUCCACCAGCGGUUCCAGUCUAUGUGCAAGGAGUACUACAACCGCGCCCUUGUCCGACAGACCUUCGUCAAGUGGAAGCACAAGCUGCUCGCCCGACAAGCGGAAAAGUUCCAUCGCGACGUUGUACAAAGGAGAGUUUAUCGUUUGUGGUUCCUGAGGCACCGAAGGAAAGUGAUCCAUCGACAUCUGUGCAAAGCAAUGGCGAAGAAGGGAAAAAAGCGGCGAUUCUUUAGAUUGUGGGCCGACGCGACGCGUAGUCAGCAAAAAAGAAGGGAGAUCCUGGUAACAACUCUACAGCGCAUGCUCCUCUCUAACACGAUGAACCGCUGGAAAAAGCACACGAACACCGUCAGAUCACUACGGGCUCGUCAUCAGUUCCUUACUAGCCUCCAGGAUACCCGUGCUGUCAGGAACGCCUUCUCAAAAUGGAUGUUUGCCAUGAAGGUCGUCAAUUUUACCAAAAUGGCGCGGGCCCGGUGGAGUGAUCGAUGUGUCAGGCGUGCCUGCGAACAGUGGAAGUUGAUGGUUAGAUGUCAGAGGCUUGAACGAGUCCUGAUAGAGAACAGGCCUCGCCAGGAGCUAUGGGUGAUGCGAGACGCUUUCGGGCGAUGGAUGAGGGCUCUGCAGGAGGCGACCGCGGUUAAGCAGCGGGCGCGGUCAGCGGCUGCUAUCCUUGCGCGUAACACGAAGCGUCGUAUCCUGCAGGGGUGGCGCGUCACCAACCAACAGGAUCAGAUCAUCUCCCCCAUGGUCAUGCGCAGACGACGCAAACACAUGGCAAGGGCGUUUGACGCGUGGCGUCUACAUAUCUAUCGACAAAAAUACAUAGUGGACCAACAAGUCCGCGCCAAGGAGAACCUGCUACUGCGGCACUUCAUGCACUGGAGAGGUCGUACUCGGUUGCGGUUGAAAGAACAAAACGCUGUUGAUAAACUACACUUCUCAAAUAUGCGCAGAGCGUUUGCUGCAUGGAGAGGUCACGUGCGUGAAUGUCGUCAUGAGCGACUGAGGGAGCGCGCGAUGCGCCUGCAGCUAAUGGGCGAGUACUACAAACGCUGGCUGGACCGGACGCAUGUCCGAAUAGAGGCCAAGGACAUACAACUCGGACAUCAGGCUCGUCACGUGGUUCUCACACGCUGGGCUUUUAAGGCUUGGCGCCAGUCAGCGACAGAGCAAAAAGAGCGUCUUGCGCAGACUGAGCAGCGGAUAGCCGCUGACCAUCGUCGGCUUGUUGUUACUAAAGCGUUUAGGGUCUGGCACCGAUUGCAUCAGGUUAACCGGAUUGUCAGAGGGCAAGAGGCGAGGCGGCGUGAGCAGCUCCUGCGGCACGUGUUCAACGCGUGGUCUCAGCACAUAAAGGACGAAGUCCAGAAACAGGUACGCUGCUUCACCACAGCCCUCUCACUCGACUCCUCCGUCGGCUCCUACCUCGGCUCCACUCUCCGCUCCACCCUAGGCUCCACCAUGGGAAGCUCGUCCGAUUUUCUGUCGUCGUCCGGAUAUGGGACAGCGGCUGGGGCUCGCAGAGGAUCGGGAUCUGUUUUCGCGAGUCCUCGACUUGCACAGAGAGAUGAUGAUGUCAUCUCUUUGCCCGGACGCAUGGACCUUGUGGAUGCGGUCCGAAUAGCCUCUCCCAUAACAGUCCUGCGAGAAGCCACCCACACCAAGUCCCCCCUGGCCAUGCAGUCCCCCCUCGCCGUCCAGUCCCCUGUGCACACCCCCAUUUCCCUGCCACACCCUAUAGCGAUGAACGGGUCAAGUGAAAGCUCCAGCCCGGAGCUCCAUCUGCAGCUGCCGAGUUUGGGUUCCGAUAAUGUGUUCACGCCAGUCAGGGUGGAACACACGCCCCCCAGAGGCGAGGCUGAGCUCACAAGGAUGUUCUCCAUCAGUAGCGAAGAUGACGAGUUCGACCGCCAAAGCGUGACGUCUGGUACAUCGUGUAUGAGCAUGCGCGACAAGGAGAUGGUGCUGACCGAUACUAUCCUGCACUGGCGCGCGCUACCGCUGAGCCUGACCUUCCGUACGUGGCUCAAGUACACACGUCAGCGGAAGUUACUGCGCGAGCUGUUGUUCUACUUCCGGGAGAAGCGGCGGAUGGAGCAUCUGGCGCACGCAUUAUGCACGUGGAGACGUGAACUCUACAUUAAGGUCGCGGCCAGACAGUAUCUGCGUGACGGUACUCGCCAGCGGUGCUUGAGGGCCUGGCACGAGUACGUGCAGACACGACGCAUGAAGGAGGAUCGUCACGUGACCGCCCAACAGCAGUCUCGUACCAGGCUUCUGCGGCUAAGCUUCCGCGUGUGGAAAGACAAGUACACGGCUAAGAGACGGUUACAGUCAAUUGUCGGUCAGUGGCAGAAGAAAGCGAUCGUUGAAGAGAAGUACAAGAGCAUCCAGGAUAAGGUGCAGGCCAGCCACGAGGCGAGGGUGGUGAGAGCGAGAUUCCAGUACUGGCUCAAGGUGACCAGGAAAAGCCAGGAAGCUAGAAGGUUCUACCUGGACUCCCUCCUGCCCAAGUUUUUUGUCACGUGGCAUGCGUAUGCAUCAGAAAGGUCGACAAGAAGACGCCAGGCGACUAGCUUCCGCGACUCUUCCCUUACUCGCACGGCGUUUAAGGAGUGGCUGCGUCGCUUCGAGGCAGUGAAAAAGACCGAACAGUAUAUCGAGGUAAAGGCGACUAAUACGUGUGUUGAGAUUCUACAAGUUUGGCACGAUUGGGCGCACGGGGUAAGCACUCGACGAGCGCAGUGGCGUGCUUAUCGGCGAUCGCUAGAAAUCAAGCAGAUGCGAGAGAUCUUCAGCUUGUGGCUCAGCGGUGCGCAACAGCUCCAGGCGGCGCAACGUAUUCACGAGCAGGCCAUAACCAAAAGGGUGUUCCUUUCAUGGAGAAAUGAAGCUCGCUCUCGACUUCAGAACAAGUUCAACGCUAAGGAAUUCAGCAUCCAGUGUUCGCAAAACUUGCUCGCACGAUCGUUCCAGUUCUGGAAGCGAUUAUAUACACAUCGUCAAAAAGCUGUGGCGCACGCGGCCGCGCGAGAUCUGGAGACCAUGCGGUCAUGCUACCGUGACUGGCGUGACUUUGCGUUAGAGUGCCGCGCGGAGAAGCAUUACAUUAACAACGUCAUCAAGUCGGUCUAUUUCCGAUGGUACGAUACGUACGUUUCUCGAAAAAAGGCGCGCAGUUUGAUCCAAUCAUGGAAGGUGAUCACUCAAGAUUCCAAGAAUCUUAACAGUAAGGCAAUGGAGGUCUGUCAGCAGUCAGAGAGAAAGCUUCUCCACCGGGCCUUCAUGCUCUGGGUCCAGGAGGCGCACAAGCUCGAGAAAGCCAAGGCGCACAGCAGCACUAUCGCCAUGAGGUGUGCCCUGAUCGCUUGGCAUCAGCUGGCAUCCACUAAGGCGCGGUGCAAGCGUGUACUGGCCGAGCGCCAAGAGGAACGCAGCAAGGAACUGAUUUCCCGUUCGUUCAAGUUGUGGAAAGACAGCUUUCACACGGCUUUACAUAACCUUAAGUUGCUGGAUGAGCACACGGAGCGGAAAAAUCAGCAAACACUGGUCGCCUGUAUGCUGCAGUGGAGGAAGCACACUUUGAAAUGCCGCUCCGGGAAGCACUACCAAGCACGGCUCGUCAUCAAGAGCUUUAUGCUAUGGAAAGAUCGCCUCGUACAAAAGAAAGGCCUGCAGGAUAUUGUACAGCGGAUGUUCGUACGACGCACGCGCCAGGCUGCAAUCCAUUGGAUGCAAUGGACAAAACGGUCUCAGCGUCAGCAGCAAGAGGCUGGAGAGUUUGAGGCUCACGUGAUGCGGUUACGUGUUGAGCGCAGUUUCCGGUACUGGAAGACAUCGACGGAACACUCACUCAGGGCGCGACGACAUCUAGACCAGAUCGUGCUUGCCAGGGGGUUCAUUGCGUGGAGAAAAACCGUUAAGAUCAGAGUUGAUGAGCGAAAAAAGAUAGAGAAGUUUAGAAGCGAAGUCAUGCAGCGGAAGGUAUCCCGGAUGUUCAAUGAAUGGAAAACAGCGCUGACAGCAGCUCAGGGAUACAACAAGCUGGUCAGCGGUCAACUGAAAAAACAUCACCAGCGGAUGCUCGCAGGGGCCAUGCGUGAAUGGAGGCGCGAGACACUGUGCAGCCGCGCAGAAAAGCACUACAGAACCAUGCUUACAGCUAGGUUUUUCUUGGACUGGAAGACUGUUUACGAUGAUCGUCUAGAGGAAAAAAAGCUAGAAACGGAGAAAGGCACAGUCGCUGAUCUUCAUUACCGUCAGCAUCUCUGUAAGGUGUGUUUUCGCGCGUGGAUGCACGACGCUCGCAUGGAGAAGUAUUUGGAGAUGAAACAGCAGCGAUUGGUGCAAAACCAUUUUGACAUGUGGAAAAAGAAGAGCAACUUGAAAGCCAUCGCAAGCGAGCUGGGUGACCACCGGUUGUAUCACAAAUACUGGAGCAAGUGGCGCCAUCAGCUAGUGCGCAAGCGCGUCUCCGAACUGAUGAUGAAACACGAGGAGAAGAAACUCCUUUCCGAGGUGUUCGGUUCCUGGCUUCGUCUCACCACGAUUAGGCGCCGAUUACUUCACGAGUGGAACCUUGCACAGGUCGAGAAGUGGUUCCGGCUCUGGAUGAAGAAAUACAACGAGUCAUGACUGUGAUAGUUAACGAGCUUUCAGCAGUAUUCUGGCGAUGAGCCCAGAUUUGACGCGAAGUAAUUGCAUGGAUCACCUUGUCAAAGAAAUGUUUAAUUACGUCGGUAGCCAGUAUUUCUACUGUCAUAUUGAUGAUAUCAGAGCAUGCUGUAAUGUGUUAUCUCAUUACAAUAUUCCCUGAGAGAAGCUCAGGAUAUCUUUUGCCAAAGACCAGCGCCUAUUUUUAUUGAAAGAUCCAGGGUUAAAGUUAUUGUUUUAGUCUACUUUUUAAUUUUAAAAAUUCUUAUAAUUACGGAGAUUGUAAUUAUCCGUGCUUAACAAUAGAAUAGACCUUUUAAAUGUUCGAAUUUUAAAAUGUUCGUCGAGCUCGGGAAGUCUGCCAUACUAUAAUUCCGGGUAUGAUUUCGAUUAUAGGCAGUUUUAAAUAUCCAUAUUAUUUGUAUAUAGUAAUUUAACGUUCAUACGCGUGACGCUAUCUACACAAAUCUUUCGCUGAUUAUAUUUUCUACCCAAUGGAAUUAAAUUAUAUCUGACUUUUUUAA